GGUGGAAACACAACAAUACGACACACGUUGCUAAUAUCUGAAUUCAUUCAGGACAGAACCGCUUGUACAAGAAAGUUGAGCGAGCCAAUAAAAUUAUGCGCGUCAUGAAUUUUCAGUUAGCCUAACUUGAACUUGGCAAUAUAGUUCGAGCUAUUUGAUUGUGUCGUUAUUUUUUUGUAUAAUCAGUAAUGUAUCGUUCACCGCGGAAGUGACAUGUGCGAGGUGAUUUAGUAAUAUCAUUAAUAGAAUGUGAUAUUAAUACCUACGUUUGGCGGGUAAUCUUUCUCCUGAUUCAAGUUAUUUUGAAAAUCUGUUAAUCAUAGUUGAAGAGUAUGGAAAAGGAAACCGACGAGUUUUUGAACAAAAAUGAGAUAGAAGCCGGCAAGCAUAACAUUCUAGGAAAAAUUGAAAUAGAAACUUCAGAUAAAAUUGAAAGAGGCAGAACAACUUUUUUGUACCUCUCGGCAGUGACAGCGAACUUGCUGAUGUUAUCAUGUAGCAGUGGCUUUUCAUGGACCUCUCCCGUCUUCACGUUACUGAAGAAAUCCAAUCUCGAAGAAAAUCCUUUGGGUAGACAGCUAACGCCUCUGGAAGAAUCAUUGAUUACGUCUCUUUACUGCUUGGGGGCAACAGCCAUCUCUCCAUUUGCUGGGAAAUUGGCGGAUAGCUUAGGAAGAAGAAGACUGUUACUCUGGAUAGCAUUUCCCAAAGUGAUAUGUCUACUGGUACUAGCAUUCGCCACCAAUAUAUGGAUUUACUAUAUUACGAGGUUCCUAAUGGGUAUAGUUCUUGGCAUCGUAUUCACUGUAUUACCCAUGUUCUUAGCGGAAAUAUCCGAAUUACACAAUAGAGGCACCGUGGGAUCAAUUAUGAACAUUUUCAUCAACUUCGGCAUCCUGUACAUUUUCAUCAUUGGGCCAUUUUUGUCCGUGAAAGCACUCACCUUGUGUUCUAUAAUCCCCCUGUUGUUGUUCAUUGUUUUGUUUGGAUUCUUCAUUCCCGAGUCUCCAGUGUUUCUUGUGUCUAAAAAUCGGAAUCAACAAGCUCUGAAAGCUUUGGUCAAACUGAGAGGCAAACAGCAAUCACAAGUACAAGACGAGUUGGGAAAACUGAGUAAAAUGAUUGAGAACGGAAGGAAACAGAGAACUAAUAUAUCCAAUAUCUUUAAAGAUAGAGGACUGAGUAAAGGAGUUGUUAUAAGUAUCAUGUUACCGUUGCUACAACAAUUUGCAGGUAUUUAUGCCGUCCUAGCUUUUAUGGGUCCUAUUUUUGAUGCGUCGGCUACAGGGUUAUCUACUUACGUAGCAACUAACCUAGUAUGUACUAUACGGGUAGUGAGUACAUUUAUUACCGCUGCUCUGAUGGAGAGAUUGGGAAGGAAAACUCUGUUAUUGAUUUCUUCCACAGGAACAGGUGUUUCCCUCGUGUUUCUCGGACUAUAUUUUUAUUUCAAAAACGACUUGGAAUACGACAUGAGUUUGUUUUAUUGGCUACCCGUAACGUCUGUGAUAACUUAUAUGGUGUUUUAUAACCUAGGUCUGAGCGGAAUACCGUUCAUCCUUCCUAACGAAUUAUUUCCUUCUCAUAUUAAAGCGCUAGCUUCAUCUGUGGCAAGCUUUUCGUGUUUCACUAGUUCAUUUGUAGUGACGCUAAUUUUUCCUGUUUUGAGGGAGAGUGCCGGUAUGGCGGUUUGUUUCUGGUUAUUUUUGGGUUUCACUAUGUUUGGAACAAUAUACAUUUAUAUUGCGGUACCAGAGACGAAAGGAAAGAUGCCUACAGAGGUUCAGGAAUAUUUGAAUAAUAAGUAGUUGAUUAUCAAAUCUGUGAUGUAUUAAAAAGUUAUUUCAACUUACUCCUUUCUGUGAUAUAUUUUCUUUCACCUCAAAAAUUGUAGUUCACAUAUUCAGUUCAUUAAAACAGUAUACACUAUA